AUGAAACCGAUGGUUCCACACGAUAUUCCAAGAGGAGACAGCAUGCGGCCACAACAUUCUGGAAGAACCCAUCUGUUACCUUCUACCCCAAUAUUGGGACAUUCUCCGACGAGAUUGUAUCACGAAAGAAGUCUACAGUCUCGAGUCCGUCAGAGGAGAGCCCCCAGCCCACAAAGGCUCCAUUUCCGCGAUGUCUCGAAGACAUCACUGCUCAAAAACUCCCGCGAUUCAGGCCCGCCGUCGAUCAUGAAGACUACGAUUGGCUGGUCGAUCCUGAUCACAAGAAAUACUUCAUGGAUGUCUACCAGGUUGCUUCUUGGGAUUUCCGACACGACUAUUUAGUGCAAAAGUCUCAGGUAUCUGGGAAGGCGGAAUUCUGUUUCAUCAAUCUCACCAUGCCUGGAAAGCAUGUCGUUGCGAAUGGCCAGGAUAUCGAACGCCCAGCGGCAGAGAGCGCCGAGCAAGAGCGUCGUCGUCGUGCUGGAAUAGAAGGCCAUAAACAUGUCCCUGGCACAGUGUGGUACACUUAUGAGGGGUCUUCUGAGAACGGUCAAAUGGCCUUCACUACGAAACGCGCCAUUGAAGAUGUCGGUGCGGUCGAGCGUCCUGCUGCUAAGAAGAGGCGGGUCACUUUUAAUCUUCCGGGAGAAUCUUCCUCCCAUGCAAAUGGCACACAGACCAAGCAAAGCGGACUCAAGAAGCCGAGAACCGCUCUCCAGAAGGCGAAAGCAGCAAUUUCCGAGAAUGCUGCUUCUCAGCUUGCGUAUCUUGAUACUGUUCCGCCAGGACCGAAGCGUACAAGAAAGAAGGCUGCCGCUAGACCUGUGGACCCCAAUACUGCUGAUUCUGAGCCAAAGAAGAGACCUACACGACGUACUCGGCGUCUGACUCGUUGCGUCAUCGAUAACGACGCCACAGACAAGCUUCUGUACACUAUUGUGGUUUCCAAGGUUCUAGCAGGCGGUAUCGAACAAAACGUCGACUGGAAGAUUAUUGGCAAAGUCUUCAAGAACCAUCCAAAGUUCAACAUGUCCACCUUCCAGAAACGCUGGAGCACUGUCAAGUCGCGUUGCACAGCAUUGGUCGAUAGAUUGACGGAGCAAUUCCAACAGCAUUUCAUUGAGGCGUACGAGAAGGGUCAAGCGCCGACGUUUGAUUUCGACGAUCCGGAUAGCUAUGAUUGGGUUGAGCUGGUUGACUGGGCCCGGAAUACGCUGAAGCAAUCAAGUCGAUCAAUUCUGCUUCCCGAGGAUAGAGCAGAGAUUUACGAUCACUAUACCGUCGAGGAGCUGCCCAAGCAGACUGACUUCCAGGACCAUUGGUAUGAUGGCACGAUGCAGACAUAUAUCAGAGAGCGAGAGGUGGCUGAUUAUGUCUACUCGGUGCCGAUCGAGAAAUUCGAGGUUCCUAGAGUUGGUGAUCCGUCUAUGAAGGAAGAGCUGCUCAAAGCGAAAUCGUGGCUUCGAGCCAGCGUUGCCAAUGGUGCACCAGUCGGCAGCGAUGCCGUGCAAUCCGUUAACGAGAAGCUUAGCAAGCUCGACGAGGACUAUAUCGACGAAGCACUAUCCUCCCUGAGAGGCGACGGUGCGUUCAAGCUUCUCAAGAAGGGGAAGAACCCACUGCUUGGCGACGACUUCACCCUCUCACCAGCCUUCUACAAGCAACUCAACCGCGUCUGGGAUAUCGACAACCUCAACGACGCCGUGCUAUUCAAGCAACAACUCGACGAAAUCUUCAGCGCUCCAACCGCCGACAAAGACAACGACGUCACCAUGUCCGGCAUCGACACAGAAUCCGCGACACCCACUCUCAACCCAGACGCCCGUCACCCAAUCUCCCUCACCCUCUCCAGCGGCGCCCUCAUGGUCAUCACCACCCUCCUCUCCACCGCCCGCGCCAAGCUCGUCCCCCACCUCCCCGCCGUCGACAGCACAAUCGGCAACCCCUUCCCGCGCCUCUCCGUGUGGGGCUGGACCGAAAGCAACUACCGCGCCGUCGCCAUGUCGCGCGAGCACAUCUUCUGGGGCCUCGACCUCGUCCCCACGGCCGCCUACCGCUUCGGUAACCCGCUUGCCGAGAACAAGGGCCUCGGGGUCGGCUGGGACGUCUCCAUCGUGCCACCGCCGCUGUGCCAGGACGGCAAGAUCCCCAUCUGGUGCGACCUGAAUGAAAGCUUUGUGUACGCGUGGUGGGAGCGCGCCGUCGUGGCUGUGCUGGGCCAUCUCGUCCUCCGCGCCCCGGCGUCUGUCGCUUCGCUCUCCGUUGCGCUCGCGAAGAUCUUGGAGAGGUGGGAGAUUGAACGGAUCGUUGGCUGGCUUGUGGAUGUUGGUGCUGCAAGUUUCUCCGCUGAUGGGUCUAGGGUGAUGCCGGGCGAUUACUGGUGGUGCGUGCUCGGCACGACGGACGCGGGAAAGGUGGAAGUGGAGAAGCGGAGGAAGAUUAGGGAGGUGGAGGCGGCGGCGCAGAAGGCGAAGAAGAAGACGGGCCCGCCGAAGGGGUGGCGGAAGCCGCGGCCACAGGUUAGUGGGAUUAAUAUCGGGUAUCCGAUUACGGCGGCGGAGGAUGAUGGGGAGUGGGAUGGGGCGUUGUUGGAGUUGGCAGGGGUUACGGGUAGUGGUGGGGAGGACGAUGGAAGCGGUGUUGAGGAUGGUGCGGAUGAGGUUGGUGAGCAUGACGAGGGUGAAAAUGGGGAUGUCGAUGGGGAUGGUGAUGUUAUUAUGGAAGGAUGAAGGCUGCAGAAAAGGGGUGAUUGUAUGAUUAUGAAUAGAUACCCGCGUAUUGGAGCUGGGCUUAUGGGUACGGCUCUGUCAGGCUGCGAUGGAUAAGCUAGCUAGACGGUGCAGCUUCUCAAAUAGCGAUGUAAUAACACCAAAAGCUCGAUAUCAGAUCC